AUGGGCACCAGAUACGACUUGCGGUCGCAAGACCCGGAGCCCAACGUCUAUGCCGCGCUACCGGGAACAAUGCAAUCCGACUUUGUUCCACAUAAUCUGACGCCUAUGAAGUCUGCUCUUGUUGGACGAGAAGUACUAGGAUGUCACCCCAGUCGGUGGAUAUACGAGUUAAUCAACAACAACUUCACCGCAUGCGACCUGUUCGAACGAGCUCGACGUACCGACCUGGAUAGCCACUACAAUUGGGAACACCCUCACCAGCUCGUCAUCAAUGGCAACCAGUCCUAUUCAACUUCGUCGUGCAAGGUGCUGUCCGCUAUUUGCCUAGAGUGCCAUUUCCACUUCAUGUUCCGUGUUGAAUGGGAAGAUGCACAGUCAGACUUCUCGUGUCACCAAAGCCACAGCCAGUGGCCCAUAGGAGACACUCAGUUUCCUUGGCAUCACUUGGCUUGGGUUUGCUCAGAUGAAGAGGCUAACAUUCAAUCUGAUCGCUCAAAGUACUACCCACUAUUGGCUCGAGAAUAUUUUGUCUGCUCAGCGCUGCCGUGUACGCUUCAGGUUACACUCGAAGUUUCGGAGCCCCGAAUGCCGCCUUGGUGGGUUAAUCUCUUGCUGGACCACGAUACGAUUCUUCAGCAGUUAGAGACUGCGAGGAAAGAUGAACCAACGCGAUAUGAAACUGCGACCGAUGACUGGGCUCAUCAAGCACCAUCUAAUCUCAACACGUACCUUAAGAAUCUCCUGGAAACGACUUCUGAUGCGGCCAGGAGUAUAUCCAAGAGAAACAAGAGAUUUGCUGUACUGUUUGGUCCGCGCUGUUUCUCAAUAUUUCGAGACCUUGAGUUCAAAGAGCAGAUUGAUAUCCAGGAUGGGGUCGACGAGGGUUCAUUUACCCCAACAGCUCCCCCGGCGGCAGAAGGUCCCUCUGGGAGUACGGAAAUUGGCACCUACCGCGCAUACCUCGAGGAUGUACGCUCCGAAGUACAGAAUCUCAUAUUCAAAUCUGGGAGUACUGCAGAGCGCCCGACGUUCUGCGUGACUGCCCUGCAUAAUCAUCUAGGCUGCAUUGAAGUCCCCAAUGUUAGUACAGAUGCGCUGGUUAAUCUGGAACGAUAUAAACUCUUGGGAGUUCUACCGUCCCAAUCCAAAGAGAUCAUUGUGAACGCAUAUAAACGACAAUGGGAGCUUGUCCCUUCAAGGAGGAGAGAUCUGGUUGAGAAAUUGAUGGCAAUUGCAAAUGAUGCCAAUGAUGAGCUACUGUCCGAUUAUGCAAUUACCCAAUCCUCUGUCUUCGAGAGCCAGCUCCAAAGGCACGGCGGCACUGACGAUGACGGGCUUGUCUCCCAAGCACUGGAAUACUUUGGGCUGAGUCCACCAAAUACCUAUAGCGCGGAGGCCUUGAUCAAAGCAUUUAGGGAAAAAAUAGCCCGAGACCCAGCUGACGCCAGCACUGCCAGGAACAUGCUUUUAGUCAUUGCUCGAGCCACGGAUGAUGAUUCUUACCAGACUACUAUUCUAAUGGAAGCCGAUAACAAAAUGUCGCUACUGACAUCAUUGACGAUACUCGGUUUAAAGAAUGGGCAAGAAGCGGAUGCCGUGAACGCCACGAAAGCAAAGCUAGCUGAGGCUGUAUCUGAUGAGGCCAAAGGCGUAUAUCUUGAUGCUUUAGAUUCUAUUGCAGAGCACACAGUUUCACCAUCUAUUAAGCAAGCUGUGAUUGAACUUCGCUUUGAUCAGGGCUUCAAUACUUCUGACCUUGAUGCUGGUAAUUCAAGCGAUCCCAGAGCAAACAACCUCGACCUUCCCGUAGGACUGCAUAACAUUGGCAACACUUGCUACUUGAAUAGUCUACUUCAAUAUUUAUUUACCGUCAAACCUAUUCGAGACAUUGUAUUCAAUUACGACAGUUUACGGCUAGACCUGAAUGACGAGAGCAUUCAAGAACGCCGCCUGGGUGGAAACAAAAUGCAUAUGGAUAGGGGAGAGGCCGUCGUUGCGCAAGCAUUUGCGGAAGAAAUGGCUACUUUGUUUGAAAAUCUUCGAACCUCUGACAGAACUGCCACUCGACCUUCUCAGAGACUCGCAAAUGCGGUUUUAUUGUCAACACAUACGCUGCUCUCUGGUCCAAAACAGCCUUCCGAAACGCCCACGGCUCCGAAUCCCCCACCAUUACCUGCCCGUCCAUCACCUGCUCCCCCAACGGAUAGCCAUGAUGACGUGAAUAUGGUUAGCGUCUCGGUUCAGGCUGUGUCCGACCCGCUUGAAACGCAAAGUAGCUCUAGCACUCAAACGCUAGUUGGCCAAGAUGAUGCACUGUCUGACCACUCAUAUGAGAAAGUAGAGACGGUAGUAGAGGAUAGGGGUGGCCAACCUCAGCCUGCCUUAACAGUUGUGGGGGAACCAGAAGACGACACUCUCAUGGCAGAGGUUGCACUGGAUGACAAGAAGCCGGCAGCCCCUGAGAAUCUGGACGAAGCUAAUGAGGCCCCUGUUAGCACGGACAACCGUGAUGUCGAUAUGGUUGACGUAGAGAAGCCUGAAACGGUUGAUCAAAAAGUCCUCAAUGCUCUUGAACACCAAAAGAGGUCUUCAGGAACAGACCAACAAGAUGUCGAAGAGGUCAUGGGCAGCAUUAUCAAUCGCCUCCAGGCAGCGAUUCGCCCAACCUCGACAGAUAGCACAACAGGCAUUCAACUGGAAAAAAUCAUGGAGACGUUCUUCGUAACAACAGUCAAUUAUACCAAGAAAUUUGACGAACAGGAAUACCAACAUGAAAUUAGCUUUGAUAGGUCGAUAACGGCAUUCCCAGCUGCCGAAGGUCCUUGUUCAUUAUACGACGCCCUCGGAAGAAACUUUGACCAGCAGAUCUUGGAAGACAGCAAGCUUUCGCGAUACACCGCCAUCAAGACACUUCCGCCCGUGCUGCACGUUCUAAUUCAGCGCUCACAGUCAAUGGGUAGCAAGAAUGGCAACCCAGUUGUAAUCCCUGAGACGCUGUACCUCGACCGAUACAUGGACGCCCCUCACGAUUCGCCUCUUUUCCGGCAAAGGGUUCAGGACUGGAUAACAGCAGAACGAAUUCUUGAUUUGAAAUCUCAACUGGCAAAAAUUGAGGCCAAUCCCAGCUAUAUGACGUUCCUUCAGACUUAUGAGGGCGAAGUUGGAGCACCCGAAGACACGGCAAACCAGCCCUCGGAUGGAUCCAAUGAGCCAACGAAGCAAGAGGAAUCUGCCGAGAAUUGGGAUUUUGACGGGCCCGUAGAGGAUGACUUUUUGCUCAUCACGACAGGAAAUACUAGUAAAGUGUCUGCAACUGGGAAAUCAAGCAACAAGCUAGACAAUAUCCAGAAAACACAUGCUGCAGUGUUGGAAAUGAUGGAAAAGGAAUUACAACAGCGGCAAGAGAUGCUGGAGGAAAGUCUGAGCAGCCAGAAGCAAAUCUCGUACCGGCUUCAUGCUGUCAUCUGCCAUCGCGGCCACCUAACGUCUGGUCACUAUUGGGUGUGGAUUCACGAUUUCGAGGCCAAUGUUUGGAGGUGGUACAACGACGCAGACGUUAGGGAGAAUAAAGACACGGCAGAAGUGCUCCGGACUCUGAGCACUAGCGGAGAGCCGUACUUCCUCUGCUAUGUUCGCGACGAAGACAAGGACCAAUACGUCAGCGUUCCCAAGAGGGAACCUCCAGUUCAGGAAGACGGAGACAAAGUGCAAGACGAACAGGGAAACCAAGCAGGGCAAGACACAAAAGAAACCGAAGGGCAAGAGCCAGCUGAUGAGGCUGUGUUGGUGCCCUCGGUGGCCGCAGACAAGGAUGGAGAUGUUGAACUCAACGAUGCGAAGCCGGAAAGUGACCUGGAGGCCACUCCUACGGUGGAUGCGGUAUCACAAGAGUCAGAAGAAAAAUCUUAG